AUGCCCGCGCUCUUCCCGCGGCGGCAGACGGGCGGGCCGGAGUACCAGCGCGCGCAGACGCAGGCCGGCGUCGGCGCCAACAUCGCCGAGGACGACGAUUACGACGACGACGACGACGACGACAACGACGGCGCCAAACCGUCUGCAGCAGCGGCGACGACCCCCGCUGACGCGGGCGCGCCGCCGGCCGCCGCGCCGAUGGACGUCGACACGCCCGGCCAGCCUGCGCAGGAAGACUCCGACGAUGACGAGGAUCUCGAGGCACAGUUAGAAGCGGAGCUGCAAGCGGACGCGGAGAUGGCUCAGCCCGAGGCAUCCACGCAGCAGGCGGCGCCCGCGCCGGCCCCGGGACCGGCGCCGCAGGCGGCAGCCGUGGCGGAGGGGCCUGCGCCGGCCGGGCCUGCGCCGGCCGCGCAGGGGGCUGCGGCGCAGCCGCAGGAGGGGGCGGCGGCGCGCCGGAACGAGCUGCGGGUGCGGCUGAUGUACCGGGACCGCGAUGGCGACGUCGUGCUGCGGUGCAGGGACCUGGACUUGGCGCGCGGGCGCAGGGCGGGCGCGCCGGGGCUGGUAUAUGACACGGUGAUUGCCGGCCUGAAGGAGCCGGUCAAAGUGGCGGAGGCGAGCCGGACGCGGGCGGUGCUGGAGCACAGCUACGCGCGGGCGCUCGCGGGUCUGGGGGCCAGGGAGCACGCGCACGACGACGUCGCUGACGAGGACGCGGAGCAGGCUGUUUUCUUCGGUGGUGAAAAGGACCCCAAAUCGGUGGCGGCGAUGGUCCGCGAGCAGGGGGCUGCGCGGGCGGUGGAGAGCGCUGCGGACGCGCUGGGGCACGCGUACUGGGCCGAGCGGCGCGCGCUGGCGCAGACGCGGGCGCGUGCGAUGUGGGAGGCCGUGGCGGGCGUGGCGCGGGCGCGCGGCAGCGACGACGAGCGGGACGGGGACGGCGACGGGGACGACGUCCGCGCGGUCGCGGGCGUGCACCUGCGCGCGUGGGAGGACGAGGUGCUGUCGCACGUGGUGCGCGCCAGCGGCGCGGCGGGCGGCACGGGCGAUUUUGCGCGCGAGGACGGCGCGGUCGGGAGCGCAGCAUUCACGCAGAACGCGCCGCCCACGCGCGCGCAGCGCGGCGGCGCUGUCGCGCGGUGGCGCGGCGCGAGCAUUGCGCGCCAGGACGCUACUUCGUCGCUGCGCCUCGAACCGUCCGACGUGGCGGCAUGGGCGGCGAAGCACGCGCCCGCGGAGGCGCGUGCGCCGCAGGCGGAGGAGGCCGGCGGGGACGCGGGGAAGAAGAAGAAGAAGCGAUCGCAGGAAGCGGAGGAGCGGGGCGUGGAUUUCGAGGCGCUGUCGCUCACCACGGAGCUCCCCUGCUCGAAUGAGCACCUGCUCGGGGACGCGUGGGCGGAGGGCGUCGCGAGGGCCAUCGAGGACCUCUCACUGCUCGACGCCACCGCGCGCGUCGACCCCCGCGACAGGCACCUCGUCCUGCAAGUCAAGGCCAAGGACCUGGAGUCUGAGCUGGGCAAGAAGGUCGUCAAGCGCCUGCGCGCCGUCGUCGUCUCCGUGCCGGACGACGACACCUCGACCACCGCCGACGCCAUUGCCCGCGAACUCGCCCCGUACCGCAAGAUGUCCAACGACGACGCGUACGCGACGGCGUCGGGCCUCAUCCGCGGGUUCGUGCACGCCAAGUUCGCGUACGCCGUCAACGGGCCUGACAUCAUCCGCACCACGCCAUCGGACCACAUGUGCGCCUUUCGCCCAAGCUAUCCCAUCUGGCAGCUGCCGGCCCCAGCCGUGCCCGCGCCGCAGGGCGGCGAGGUCGCCGUCCGCGUGCAGCUCCUCGGCGAGCACGACGACAAGGCGGCGAUCUGGAACGGCCCACUCGACACGACUUUGCACGAGAUGCUGUCGGCGCUGCGGGAGGCCGAGCCAAGGCCGAUGGCGGUGCGGGCGUUCGACGAUCACGCGGUGUACUCGGACGCGUGCUCGCUGUACGUCGGCCGCCCCGACGGCCUCCUCGGGGACCCUGUGCCGCGGUCGUUGCACGUGACGUUGGCUGACGCAGGCAUUCCGCCGACGGGGGGGACUCUCUGGGUCGUGGUGCACUUUGUAGCACCCGUGCGCACGCGGCUCAUCAGCGAGAUGCCGGACCCGGCGAGCAACGCUCCGAUCCGCCCUCCGCGUGCGUUUGAGAAGUACCGCAACGUCGAUCCGAGCCGGAGCGGCUGGACGGGCCACGUGGUGCUAUGCGAGUACCUCGAACAACACCCCCUCCUGCUGACGCGACCGGGGAUGCACUCGCGCCUCGUGACGUACUACCGCCGCAAGGACGCGAAGGACUUCCACGGCAGCCGCGACCUGAUGCGCGCGGCCCGCGACGGGGGCCCGCGCGAGGUCCCGGGCGAGACCCCCGGGGACCUCAAGCCCAUGCCGGCACUCCCCCCCGGCGGCGCGCGGUGGCGCGUGGGCGAGGUGCACGACCUCGAGCACGACGCCAAGGACACCGAGAUCCCCAUCAUGGGCGCAACACUCCCCCGGGGGGAGUGUUUGCUCACGUUCCAGUCCUCCCUCUACAGGGCCGUGGCCGAACCGUACGACGCGCAGUACUCCGACUUCCUCCUGACGCGGCACAUCCGGGAGGAUCAGAACGGCGGCGAGGGCGUGCUGGACCUGCGCGAGAUCUCCGGCACGCUGCUCCUCGGCCAGCAAAUGCCGCGCGCGCACAUCCCGCAGCCCGGGUCGGCCGAGCACUACGUGGUGACGCGCGCGAUGAUGCGGCGGUACGUCUGGAGCACGUUCAAGGCCAUGAAGGACCCGCGCGACAAGGAGAGCGGUUUCCUCGUCCUGCGCGACGUCGCGUCGGUAUUCAACUUGCAUCAGGAGGAGGGGGGGGUGAAUGGGGACUCCGGCCACGCGGACUGGAACUACGACGUGACCGAGGACCUCGCGGAGGACAUGCUGGUCGACCGGAACUCGAUGCAGUCGUUCCGCGUGGUUGGGCGCGGCGGGCGCAACGAGGGCGGACAUCGCAUCAUCCGGCUGGCGCCGGCGCAAAUCAUCCCCGAGGAGCGCGAGCUCGAGGACAUGUGCCCGCCGGAAAUGGCCUCGCGGUGGCUCGCGAUGCGCCUCGGCGACCUCCGCCUCCGCCGCCUCGGCAUGUACACGCAGCGCCUGCAAGACCUCGAGCCGUCAUACCUGAAGACGCUGCGCCGCAUGCUGGUCAAGCGGCGGCCCGACGGCGCGCUGGACAACUUCGAGGCGCAGGAGAACGGCCGCACGGUGCUGCGGAACGCCGGCGCCGACGACCCGAGCGUCAAGGCCGCCGUCGACCUGCUCUCGGAGAUGGCCAUCCGCGCGCCAUGGCGUCUGGCGGCAGCCUACAUCGCGGCGCGCGACAUCUCGAACAAGAUGCCGCUGGUCGUGGACCACGAGGUGGGCGACCCGACGGGCCGCGGGUACGCGCUGUCGUUCGUCGAGCCGGAGCGGAGGCUGCCGACGCGCUCCACCGGGCCGCGGAUGAAGGCCGGGCAGCUGGCGGAGCAGGGCGCGGACUACCGCAAGAUGAGCGUCGCGGAGAUCAAGCAGCACCUGCGGAGCGAGGGGCUCGAGGACAGCGAGAUCCAGGGGCUCGGGCUGAAGCGGUGGGACCUCGUGGAGUUGUUGCGCGACAUUCGAACGCGCAAGUACGAGGCCGGCGACUUGAAUAUGCAGCAGUUUGCGCGCGAGUGGCGGCAGUCGUCGCGGCAGCAGAAGUCCGCGCAGACGAAGAAGGCGCACGAGAUCUUCCGGAAGCAGGUGGCCGCGUUGAAGGAGGUGCCGCAGACGGCAGGGCUGGUGCUCGGCGGCGGAGACGCGGGGCGCACGCAGUCGCAGAGCGCCGGGCCGUCGCGCGGGACCGCGGUGACGGCUGCGGCGAAGACGGGCUCGCGGCAGCUGAGCCGGGCGGCGCCCGCGCAGGGGCGGAAGCCUGGCGCGAAGGCCGCGGGAGGGCGGGGUGGCGUGAAUAAGACCCCCCCAGCGAAGAAGGGGGGUCCAGCAGCGUCCGGGGCGCAGGCGAGCGGAAGCAAAACCGCUGGGAACGGGAGCCUCACGGACCAAGUCGCCCCUCCGGGCAGCGCGCCCGCCGGCGACAGCGACGUCGUCGCGCCCCCCACGGCUCCGGGCGCGCCGCGUCCGCCCGCGACGGCCGAAGCGGCCCCGGCCGCGCGCGACGACGAGGAGGAGUGGGCGGAGCUCACGGGCGCGCGCACGGCGGCGGGCGGCCAGGCGAAGGAAGCUCCUCGGAUCCGACGUCGCCUGCGGCGCACCAUCUACGACGCGGAGGGCAACGUGCUGCGCGAGGAGAUCAUCGCGAACCCGAACGAGAUCGAGGCGAUCAAGCUGAUCUGCUGGGGCGAGCGGAAGCCGCACCCGAAGACCGGGGAGGUCGUCAUCAGCGAGCCCGACACGGAGCGCGCAGGUCUCGUGCGCGCCAUGCAGCGGCGGAAGGGCCGCGGCGGCGCGCGGGCGGCGACGGGGGUGCCGCGGCCGCUCCUGCUCGGGGGCGGCCGGGGCGGCCGGGGCCGCGGGCGCGGGGGCCGCGGGCGUGGGCGCGGGCGCGGGCGCAAGGGCGGUGUGCGCGUCGUCGCCGACGACGAGGAGGAGGAGGAGGACUACGGCGACGAGGAGGAGGGCGUCGCGGUGGAGCUCGAGGGCCGCCGGGCGAAGCGGCAGAAGCGGGUCGCGGCGGAGGCUAGGAUGGCGGCGAUGUUCGAAGAAGACAAGACGAUUGAUCAACAGAUCGAGCUUGAGGGUCUUCGGGCGUCGCAGCCGAAGACGGGGCCGAAGCGCGACCCCGUGGAGGUCGCGCAGCAGAGGUUCCGCGUCGCGGUGGUGGGGCCGCGGGGCGGGCGCGGCAUCGGGUUUUUGCCCACGCUGAGGACGUACCAGCGGGCUGAGCUCUUCGCGGGGACUGUGUUCAUGAACGACGUCUUGGAGGAGUACACGAACGUCGUGGGCCCGCGGGAGGAGUGGAUGUACCUGGACCGCAUUCAGGAGAAGGCCGAGGCGCUCGAGUACGAGACGGUGGAGCAGCUGUUGCAGGACGUUCAGAAGAUAUACGACAACGUGUUCAAGUACCACGACGAGGAGACGGGCCGCGGCGUCACGCUGAAAGCCCCCUGGGUCGUCGACGCGGCCCAGGGCUUCGUGGACUUCGCGAGGAAGGUAGCGUCGGAGGGCGAUGUUGCUCAGAAGCUGCACGACGCCGAGGCCGCGAUCGUCAACGCACGGCGGCGUGUGCUCGAGGCGCAGAACGCGCCGCCCCCCGAGGAGGUCGGGGACGAGCAGUACGUGGAGGAGGAGCCAGCGGCGGCCCAGGGCGUUGCGCUGAAGUGCACGGCAUGUGGUAAGGUGCGCAUCGUGGCGGAGGCGGACGCGGGGGCCUUCGCGGAGGAGGGCGGGGAGAAGUUCACGUGCGCGGGCGGGCAGCGGGACUGUGCGCAGCCGUGCGACGUGCCGUGCGAGGGCGGGUGCGACUGGACGCCGUACGGCAUGGAGGGGGGUCAGGGGGGGAGUGACGACGAUGCGGAGGCGGGGAGCGACUCGGAGGCGUCGGUGGAGACGGGCGACGAUGGGUCGGAUGAGGACGCCACGAGCGACGAAGAUUUCGAGGAGGAGGAGGACUGA